AAUCCUUAUAGUUUAACAAAUUAGCAUUACAUCGUUUUUCUUGCAGAUACACAUACAAAAUAUGUAGAUACACAUUACAAAACAUAUAGAUAAACAUUAAAAAGAUUCUUUAAUUUUGUCAACAAUUAUUUAAAUUUGUCAAAAAGGGUUUUAAAUAGUUAGAAAAAAAAGAAAAAAUGGCGCAUAACCUGAUACAGCAAAAGUAUUGGAACCCCGCUCAUCAUAAACACCCAAACAUAUAUAUAUAUAUAUUAUUUUAACCUUAUAACAUGUAUAUUGUCAGCUAAAAAAAUAUAUCUCUGUGGUGUGUGUGUGUGUGUGUGUGUGUGUGUGUGCGUGUGUGUGUGUGUGUGUGUGUGUGUGUGUGUGUGUGUGUGUGUUUUGGGUGUGUGUUGUGGGUGUGGUUAACGAGUCGUUAGGGUGCUUCUUUUGUUUCCUCCAGAGUGAAACUCUACCCCAUCAUUUUCUGUGUAGCGAUGACCUCUAAAGGCAGCGGGACGAUAGAGGUGGCGGCACUCGGACGGCCUUUCAGCCUCGGGAUGUUGUACGACUGCCGCAACGACUCACUCGUCCCUGGAAUCACUUUGUGGGACUGUGAUGACCUUAAAACUGAUAUUGGAGAAAGACUACAAAAAUAUAAUCAUUUUGAUAUAGUUGCAUCUGAAUCAAUUGAGGACAAAUCUUCAGCCCUGAAUGUUGAAGCAUCACUGAAGGCAAGUUUCUUGAGUGGACUGGUAGAGGUUGGAGGAUCAGCCAAAUACCUGAGCGAUACUAAGACUUCCAAAAAUCAGGCCAGAGUAACACUGAUGUACCAAGCUACCACAAAGUUCAACGAACUGUCCAUGAAUCAUCUUGGGAGAGGCAAUGUUAAGCAUCCAUAUGUCUUUGAUCAAGAAAUAGCAACACAUGUAGUCACAGGAAUCCUUUAUGGCGCACAAGCCUUCUUUGUCUUUGACCGCGAGGUGUCUGUCAACGAGAACCAUCGAAAUAUACAGGGCAACUUGAAGGUGAUGAUCAAGAACAUUCCCCACCUUUCAAUCGAGGGUGAAGGCUCGCUGAAAAUCGAAGACAAUGAAAGAAAAAACGUUGAGAAAUUCUCCUGCAGAUUCAUUGGCGACUUUUUCGUUCAGAAACCUCCGACAUCCUUUCAGGAGGCAGUAGAGGUGUACCAAAGUCUGCCAAAGCUGCUGGGAGCCAAUGGGGAAAACGCAGUACCAGUGAAGGUCUGGCUGUUGCCUCUGACAUUUUUAGAUUCUACUGCCGCUAAACUUGUCCGUCAGAUAAGUAUAGGAUUAGUUCAAAAAUCUCAGAGUGUCCUGGAGGACUUCAGUGACCUGGAGAUGAGGUUCAACGAUGCACUGAGAACCCAAACGGCACAGCAGUUCCCACAGAUUGGAAAACAACUUGAAACCUUUAAACAGAAGUGCUCUCAGUUCAAACUGGAAUUCCAACAAACCCUGGCAAAGAAACUGCAAUCAAUCCGAGGAGGAGGAGAAGAAGAAGCUGUGCUCGCAGAGGAACUGAGGAAGACAUGUUCUUCUCCUUUCAACAGCAAGGACCUGAACGAGUGGAUGGACUGUAAGGAGAGAGACAUAUACACCGUGAUGUCUCUGACCGACAUGAUGACAAACACCAAGAUCAUCUCAUCUCAAACAGACCUGUACAAAGAAAGCUUCAAAGCAGAGCAGGCUGUGUGUUUUGUCUUCACCUCGCUGGGAAGAGAUGAACCGUACCUCUCAACUUUAUCAAACUACCUUCAACAAACACCCAAACCAGACGAUGCUCAAGAUCCACACCCUCCAGAUCAAUGGUACAACUCAAGAAGAGAAGGGGAAGCAAUGCGGCAAAAAGCAAAGCUCUUCAGUGAUUUUGCAGAGGCCAACAAGGAGAACAAGAACAUUACAUUUCUGACGGUGGGUUUAACAAACGAGACACAGAAAGGUUCCAGCAUCUACCUUUAUACAGACGGCUUUCUUGUCAACGAGAACUUUGAGCCGCCUUCAAAGCCUGCAGCAGUAACAGGAAGUGAUAUAAACCACAACAGUGUGACGCUGAACAUUUCUCCACCCAGAUUUGGAGCAGAGGACAUCACCUCCUACUCUGUUGAGUACUGUGUCAGAGGAGAGGACGGCUGGAAACAAGAGACAGCAUCCAGAGCUGAAGAAGUCACAGUGAGCGGCCUGAGUCCUAACACAGAGUACAUGUUCAGAUGCAGGGCAGAGACACCAGUAGGUGCCGGGCCAGCCAAUGAAGUCAGUGGAUCCAUUCAAACCUUACCCUGCAGCCCUCCUGGAAAACUCCACGUUGAAUCUAACUCACGUGAGAUAUCAGUCAGCUGGGAGAAACCUGCUGAGCUCGGACAAGAUGUCCAGGUUUUGAGCUACAUCGUGGAGUACGCCAAACCAGACCAACCGGUGAAAGAGGAAGAUCUCCACUGGGAGCAAAUGAAGGCGGGAGCUGAGAAGGCGAUCAUUUCAGGACUUCAACCAGAGACAGAAUACGCUGUCAGGGUCAGGUGUGAUUGUGGAGCAGCUGGAACAAGCAAAGAAAGCAUUGCUGUUAAAGUCAGCAUAGCAAAACCUGCACAUCUCACAGAAUUCCUGAAAGUAAACACUGCAAACGGGUCCCACAGACCCAAACAGCACACAACGGUUAAAGAAAACUCAUCAGGUGAUCCAUCCUCAUUCUCCUGUAAACCAGUCACCGUGGCAAUGAACAUCUCCUUCAAACAUAACACCAACUACAUAGUUGAGAUCUUUCCAGGAUCUCCCUUUGUCCACCGGCUGAAACCAGAACAAAAGAACAUUGGAUCUAUAAGAAGACUGGCUCUCGGUGAAAAAGAUCCAACAAAGAUAAACAAAACCAUCUUGCUUGUUGGUGAAACAGGCGCAGGAAAAUCCACUCUGAUCAACGCUCUGGUUAACUUCGCCCUGGGGGUGGAGUUUGAGGAAAAUGUCUGGUAUCAGAUCGUACAGGAAGAGAAGAGAAGUCAAACAGAAAGUCAGACGCCAGACGUGAUCAUGUACGAGGUCUUUGGUCUUGAAGAUAGAACUCUGCCAUUCUCUCUGACCAUCAUCGAUACCCCCGGGUUUGGAGAUACCAAAGGGAUUGACAAAGAUGUCCUCAUCAGAGAAAGAUUGUUGGACUUGUUCCGCUCAACAGAAGGAGUUCAUGAGAUCGAUGCAGUGUGUCUGGUGCUGAAAGCAACUGAAUGUCGACUGAGUGACCGACUGAUGUACGUCUUUGAUUCAGUGGUGUCUCUGUUUGGAAAAGACAUAGAGGAGAACAUCGUUGCCCUCAUCACACACUCAGAUUUUAUGACACCUGAAAAUGUUCUACAAGCUCUGGAAGAUGCGAAAAUCAGGUGUGCAAAAGACGAGAAGGAUCAGCCUGUUCAUUUCAUGUUUGACAACAAGCAGAAAACAGAGAGAAAUAGGAAAAAUGAACGUGCUCUAAAGUAUGCAUGGGAAUCAACAAAAGAUGACAUCUGUAACUUUGCAGAUUUCCUGAUAAAAACCAAACCAAAGAACCUGAAAGAAACUGUUGAAGUGUUGAAUUCACGCAUCAGCCUGACAGCCUGCAUCGAAAACCUGCAGGAGAGGAUUGAGUUCAUUGACCUGAAACAAAGAGAGAUCCAACAGACUCAGGAAGCUCUGAAGAAACACGAAGAAGACAUGAAGAAUAACAAGGACUUCAAGGUAGAAGUGGAUGAAACCUUCAAGAUUAAAGUACCUGUUAGUGAGUGGAGAUGGUGGGCGUUCGGAGGUAACUAUGGAGGAGCUGUCUGCUGUGAAGUCUGUGAGGAGAACUGUCACUAUCCAUGCACACUGGCCUGGUAUCCAAAAAACUGUGAAGUCAUGCAAUACAAAAAAAAAGAGCUCUACUGCACGGUGUGUACUGGGAAGUGUCAUGUAUCCAAACACGUGAAAGAAAAACAAUGCACUGAAUGUGAGGAUGAGUGCAGUGAUCCAAGUCAUCAGAAAACACACUGGAGAUAUGUGACCAAGACCAGGAAAGUUAAGAAGACAGAAGAAGAGAUGAAAGAGAUGAAAGAGAUGAAAGAGAUGUAUGAAAAGAGUGAAAAAGGUAGUGAAGAGAAAGUGAGCCUCUUGGAAACUCUCCAGAAGAAAAUGAAAGAACUUCAGAAAGACAAAGAUCAGUGGCUGGAAGAGUCUUUCCAACAUGUUGUCAGACUGGAGGAGAUCGCCCUGAAGGGUGUUUCACUGGAGAUGCAGGUCCACCUGGACUUCCUGAUCGAGAAGAUGAAGGAGAAGGGAGACACAGAGAAGGCCAUGAAACUGGAAAUCAUGAAAAACAAAAAGAAAUAAAUGAAAACCCGAGAACCAAAUCAGUGUGGGUACUUGUCUGGUAAAUGAGCAGCUAUUGGUGAUCUCUUCUGAUGGAACACAGCUGAAUAGAAAACACGCUCUACAGUUUGAUGAAAGGUAUUUCAUUAUACCAAGUGUGAUGUGAUAAAAUGUGAUUGACCUUUAUAUAUAUAAUGUUUUCAUAUUUUAAGUGUCAUCAACUUUUUUUAAAUGUUUUAAUUCCUGGAAACAGCGCCCUUUGUGGUUUACUGUUCAAUAACCAAACUUUACUUCACUGAACACGUUAUGGACAAUUCAUAUUUUCCACAUCUCGGGUUUGCUUUGUCCUUUGUGACCCAAAGUGCCUCCUCAAAAUGUCAGCGAAGUUCCGCGAGGACUGUGCGCCUUGGUAACGGGCCGACUGUGCCAAGCAGAAGAAGAAGAAAACUAACUGAAGGAUUGUUUGGAAGAGAUACUCGUCGUUACCAGCAUGAAUAUAAUGGAGAGAGUUUGUGGAGCUCCAGACGAACACAGACCCUCGAUUGUUGCUCUGGUUUCAAAUUG